AAAGAAGAAAAGCAUCGCAGUUUCUUGCACAGUGCACAAACUGGCGGAUGUGGCAUUGGAAGCAUCCCUCCUGUAAUUUUCCUAAAUUGUAUAUUUAAACCAAAUGGCUGCCUCGGGGAAGCUUGCAUCUUUCCGCUUGCCUCCCUUGCCUACUGUUGGUGAGCUCAUAAAACUGUACCACCUGCGAGCGGAGAAACAGCUUUCCCAAAACUUUCUUUUGGACUUGAAACUCACAGACAAACUAGUGCGACAAGCAGGAAAUUUGAACAAUGCCCACGUGUGUGAAGUGGGUCCGGGUCCUGGGGGCCUGACCCGGUCCAUUCUGAACGCCGGGGCCACGGACCUGCUUGUGGUGGAGAAGGAUUCCCGCUUUAUCCCUGGAUUAAAACUGCUAUCUGAAGCUGCACCAGGCAGGGUGAGAAUUGUCCAUGGUGACAUUCUUACCUACAGAAUGGAGAGAGGAUUCCCAAGAAGUAUUUGUCAGCCAUGGGAGGAGGAUCCACCAAAUCUUCACAUCAUAGGCAAUCUACCCUUCAAUGUUUCCACCCCCCUCAUCAUCAACUGGCUGGAAAACAUAGCCAACAGAACCGGGCCUUUUGCCUUUGGGCGUACCCAACUCACUCUCACCUUCCAGAAGGAGGUCGCAGAGAGGUUGACAGCCAGCACAAAGAGCAGGCAGAGGAGCCGUCUGUCCAUCAUGGCUCAGUAUCUCUGCACCGUCCACCACCGUUUCACCAUCCCGGGAAAGGCCUUCGUCCCCAAACCAGAGGUGGACGUCGGAGUUGUUCACUUCACCCCUCUGGUUCAGCCUCGCAUUCAACAGCCCUUCAAACUGGUGGAGAAAGUCGUCAGGAAUAUUUUCCAGUUCCGCAGAAAGCACUGCUACAGAGGAAUCGGAAUGUUGUUCCCGGAGGCUCAUCGCGACACUUUCACAGAGGAGCUGAUGUGCAAAGCAGAUGUGGAGCCCACCAUGCGCCCCACCGAACUCACCAUCCCCCACUUUAAGGCGCUGGCUGACGUCUACGCUGACAUGUGCAGCCGGGAGCCGCAUCUGCUCGGCUACGACUUCCGAGAAGAGCUCCGGCUGAAACACCUCACCAGGCAGGAAAGAACGCCGAAAGGCGUGACCAAGGGAAUGACGCCGAGCCCAGAGGGACCAAAGUGAUCGUGACAAAGUGCAGAAAGUGCGACAGAGGUCAAUUUAGUGCUGCUCUUGUCGCCUUGACAUUUCCACCUGGCACUGGCAUGCAUUUUUUACACUUUUUUUUUUCCAUGCCUCCAAGAGCGCCAAACGGCUGUUUAUUGGAAGAACAGAUAAAGAGCAAAUUGGGCUGAAAAAAAUAAAACAAAACUGAAAUAGAUCAUGUAAACAACAUGGCUGCAUCUGAUCCAUGUCGUUUGUUUUCUAUUGUGUAACGUUGUCACUUGGGAGUAAAGAAGGUAACACACAUGAAUGUGUGCACUGUUGUGGAAAGCCACUUGGGAUGUUUUUAAAGUCAAAUUGGUUCAAAACUCAGUAUGUUUCUUUUGGAUGGGUCAAGAUAUUUAGAUUUUUUAAAAAUGUUUAUUUAGGAACAAAAAGGUCACACAGCUCGCAACACUUCAGUGUAAUUUUUCUGAAUUCCCAAGAUACAUUAAUUUGUAACAAUCCUUUAUUUUAACUUGCAUUCAUUUUAUUAAAUGAUUUGUGCGUCAAUCUUAA